AUGGUCGCGCUGACCCUGGAGGCAACCAAAGGAGAAAAUGUUAUCAUGACAGUCCCUGUCUCUGUUCUUCAAGUUCAAGAGCAGAACCCCCGAUUCUGGAAGGAACAGGCAUCCCAGGCCAUCAAAGAAGCCCUGCAGCUUCGGCAUCGGCACUACCAAGCUAAAAACCUCAUCCUCUUCCUGGGAGAUGGCAUGGGCAUCCCCACCAUCACUGCCACCCGCAUCCUGAAGGGACAGAUGCAGAAUAAUCCAGGCCCUGAGACACCCCUGGCAAUGGACGCCUUUCCAUAUGUGGCACUUUCCAAGACCUACAAUGUGGAUCGGCAGGUCCCCGACAGUGCAGGCACUGGCACUGCCUACCUCUGUGGGGUGAAGGGCAACUAUGAAACCAUCGGGGUGAGUGCGGCUGCCCAGCAUAGCCAAUGCAACACGACGAAGGGCAACGAAGUCAUCUCUGUGCUGCAGAGAGCUCGUUUGGCUGGCAAGUCUGUGGGAAUUGUGACCACCACACGGGUUCAGCAUGCUUCGCCAGCUGGGGCCUACGCCCAUGUGGUGAACCGGAACUGGUAUUCAGAUGCCAACAUGCCCCAGUCGGCAAUUGACGAAGGCUGCAAAGACAUCGCUGAGCAGCUCCUUAGAAAUGUUGACAUCACGGUCAUCCUAGGAGGCGGCAGGAAGUACAUGACCCCUGCAGGCACCCCAGACCCCGAAUAUCCCUCCAACCCCCUGCACAACGGACUCCGCAGGGAUGGCCUUAAUCUCAUCGACGAGUGGCUGAGCUCAUCUCCACCGGGCUCCAAGUAUGUCUGGAACCGCACAGAACUCAUGAGCGCUGCAAACGAUCCAGAGAUUAGCCACCUAAUGGGUCUUUUUGAACCUUCUGACAUGAAAUAUGAGCUGAACCGCAACAACCACACUGACCCGUCUCUGGAGGAGAUGAUGGAGGUGGCAAUCAAAAUCCUCAGUCGCAACCCCAAGGGCUUCUACCUCUUCGUUGAAGAUAAGUUGCUUGGGGGAGGCAGGAUUGACCAUGGACACCACGAUGGCAUUGCCAAACUGGCUCUCACCGAGGCAGUGGAGUUUGACAAAGCCAUACAGCGGGCAGGGGAGCUGACGGACGAAGAGGACACCCUCAGCGUGGUCACCGCCGACCACUCCCAUGUCUUCAACUUUGGUGGUUACACCUUGAGAGGAACUUCCAUUUUUGGCUUGUCUCCUGAACUAGCAGCAGACAAGAAGUCAUACACAUCCAUCGUGUAUGGGAAUGGGCCGGGCUUCCAGAUUACUAGCCAGGGCCGUCCCAAUGUGGAAUUUGAAGAAAGUGAAAGCGACAACUACCACCAGCAAGCGGCCGUGCCCCUGAACUCGGAGACCCACGGUGGCGAGGACGUGGCCAUCUUGGCCAAGGGCCCCAUGGCCCACCUUUUCCACGGGGUGCAGGAGCAGACCUACAUCGCCCACGUCAUGGCCUACGCCGCCUGCCUGGAGCCCUACCAGGACUGCGGCCUGCCCAGCAAGAACUCGGCCAGCCUCACCAAGCCCACUUUCCUGGCCCUCCUCCUGGCCUCUGUGUUCCUUGGGGGCCACUAG